CAUUUUUCUUUUCUCACAGCAGAUCGUAACUAUUGAAAGAUACAUAUUAAUGGCAUUAUCUUAAAUUAUUUCUUUGUUUUCUACUUGUUUGUCCACUAAUAUUAUUUUUAUAUGGAAAAUGUCAACACAAACAUUGUUGCUUCUUCUUCAUUACUUGAAGCUGCUGUUCCAUCACUAAACUAAAACCAGACUCUCUUCUUACACCAUUCAUGGGUUAAUCAUCUUCCAGACUUUCUCGUUCCUCCCUCUGCUUCCUGAUUGAAGCUGGGCGGAGCCAACAGCUGCUGAAGGAAGUGAAACUCACACAGCCGCUGUGACUGAGAGCAGAAAUGGAGCAGAAUCAGCUGGACAGAGAAAGUUUCUCCUGUUCGAUCUGUUUGGAUCUGCUGAAGGAUCCAGUGACUACUUCCUGUGGACACAGCUACUGUAUGAAAUGUAUUACAGACCACUGGGAUGCAGAGGAUCAGAAGGGAAUCCACAGCUGCCCUCAGUGCAGGGAGACCUUCACACCUAGACCUGUGCUAAAGAGGAGCACCAUGCUAGCAGCUUUAGUGGAGCAGAUGAAGAAGACUGGACUCCCCGCUGCUCCUGCUGACCACUGCUAUGCUGGACCUGAAGAAGUGGCCUGUGAUGUCUGCACUUGGAGGAAACUGAAAGCCUUCAAAUCCUGUCUGGUCUGUUUGGUUUCCUACUGUGAGAAUCACCUCCAACCUCACCUUGAUGUCCCUGGUCUGAAGAAACACAAGCUGGUGGAGCCGUCCAACAACCUGCAGGAGAACAUCUGCUCUACGCAUGAUGAGGUGAUGAAGAUGUUCUGCCGCACCGAUCAGACAUGCAUCUGUUAUCUCUGCUCUGUGGAUGAACAUAAAGGUCAUGACACAGUGUCAGCUGCAGCAGAAAGGACUGAGAGGCAGAGAGAGCUGGAGGAGAGACGAGGAAACAUCCAGCAGAGAAUCCAGGACAGAGAGAAAGAUGUGAAGCUGCUUCAACAGGAGGUGGAGGCCAUCAAUCACUCUGCUGAUAAAACAGUGGAGGACAGUGAGAAGAUCUUCACYSAGCUGAUCCGUCUCCUCCAGAAAAGAAGCUCUGAGGUGAAGCAGCAGAUCAGAUCCCAGCAGGAAACUGAAGUGAGUCGAGUCAAAGAUGUUCAGGAGAAGCUGGAGCAGGAGAUCAGUGAGCUGAAGAGGAAAGACGCUGAGCUGGAGCAGCUCUCACACACAGAGGAUCACAACCAGUUUCUCCUCAACUACCCCUCACUGUCACCCAGGGAGUCUAAAGGUCCAUCCAGCAUCAACAUCCGUCCUCUGAGACACUUUGAGGACGUGACAGCAGCUGUGUCAGAGCUCAGAGACAAACUACAGGACGUCCUGAGAGACUCAUGGACAAACAUCUCACUGAUGGUCACUGAGGUUGAUGUUCUACUGCCAGAACCAGAACCAAAGACCAGAGCUGGAUUCUUAAGAUAUUCAUGUGAAAUCACCCUGGAUCCAAACACAGCACACAGAUAUCUGGUGCUAUCAGAGGGGAACAGGAAGGUGACAAGGCUGAAUCAACCUCAGUCUUAUUUUUAUCAUCCAGACAGAUUCACUAAAUGGCCUCAGGCUCUGAGUAGAGAGAGUCUGACCGGACGAUGUUACUGGGAGGUGGAGAGGAGCAGGACGGUUCGUGUAGCAGUCACAUACCAGAACAUCAGCAGAGCAGGAGGUGGAAAUGAAUGUGGACUUGGAGCAAAUGACAAGUCUUGGGCAUUGUAUUGCUCCGACAACAGUUUUAAAUUUAGUCACAACAACAUCUGGACCUCCGUCUCAGCUCCAGUUCCCUCCAGAGUCGGAGUGUACCUGGACCACGGAGCAGGUCUUCUGUCCUUCUACAGCGUCUCUGAAUCCAUGACUCUGAUCCACAGAGUCCAGACCAGAUUCACUGAGCCGCUGAUGGCUGGAGUUGGGCUUGGAAUAGGAUCUGCAGAGUUCUGUAAUCCCAACUAGGUUUUCUCCCUGAUAGAUGAUCAGGGUUCUGAAGUCUCUGCUCUGUUGUUUUGUCCUUAUUUUUCUGGUUUAAGAGUCGUUCUCUGUGCUCCAGAAGCCGUAAAUGUUAUCACUGCUGAUGUUUUCUUUCAUUGUUAAAUGUCAGAAAUAUUUCUUCAUGAGAAUCUGAACUUCUCUGGGCUCCAACAGUGAAGUUUUAAUAUUUGUACUGAUGUAUUAAAAGUUCUGGUUUCUCUUCUUCUGAUCUGCAGGAUGAAUGUUGAUAUUGUUUAAACCAGUUCAGACUAAAGUGAGCUGAACUUCUUUCUGUUUUUGUUAUUGUGAUUAAAAAAAUAAACUGAAUCUAACAUCAA